UCGUGCGAUGCCAUUUGAAAAUUAUGACUGGAGUGAUGUUGUUCCAAUUGAACAAGAUGACGGGCCUGAUCCGCUUGCCCAAAUAGCAUAUGAUCCAGAAUAUUCAAAGGCUAUGGGUUAUUUUCGCGCGCUUUCCCAAAAGAAUGAACAUAGCGAGAGAGCCCUAACUCUCACAGAAAAAAUAAUUGAACAUAAUCCAGCUCAUUAUACUAUUUGGUAUGUUCAUUUAAAUGAAGAAUUAGAUUUUAUUCAGAAGCAAGUUGAACAAAAUCCAAAGAAUUAUCAACUUUGGCAUCAUCGACAGGUAAUUGUAGAAAAACUUAAGGAUUGCUCUCUUGAAUUAUCAUUCACUGAAGAGGUCUUGAACGACGAUUCAAAAAAUUAUCAUGCAUGGACUUAUAGAACUUUUAAUCUUUGGGAUAAUGAACUAACUUUUGUCGAAAAAUUGAUAGAGAAGGAUAUACGAAAUAAUUCUGCAUGGAACCAGAGAUAUUUUGCAAUCUUUCAUAAUCCUACCAAACCUAGUGAAGAAUUUCUUUGGGAGGAAGUUCAAUAUGGUAUAUCCAAAAUUAAGUUGGCCCCUAAUAAUAUCAGUCCAUGGAAUUAUGUUAAAGGGGUCAUUGCAAAAUCUAAGCUAAAACUUGACGUAUUGGAAGAACUCUGUAAAUCACUUUAUCAACAAGGUAUUAUAUCGCCACAUGCACUUGGAUGCCUUGUUGAUAUUUAUGAAGAUCGAGCCAAGUGUGGUUCAAUUAAUGAAAAAGAAUUGGGAAUCCAGACUUGUGUUCUUUUGGCAGAGCAGCACGACAUUAUUCGCCAGAAGUAUUGGAAUUAUAGAAAACAUGUCCUGGCUUCUAUAGCUUGA